AUGCCGAAGGACUAUCCUGAUGUCUAUCAUACGUGCAUACAAUUGAUUGCACACCAACAGCAGGCGCUCGGCUCAAUUAAACGAGCAAACGCAGCCCUCCAAGACAGUGACCUCACAGCGCAGAAAGCUCGCGGGUUUGACAUCUGUCAUCGAUCGGCUUCGUCCAGCGACUUCAACGUCAGCUCGCGUCAACGCUCCAGACAGCGCUCCAGUCAACACCGAGUGUCCUCGUCGCAAGUACCCAAGAUCAAAUUACCGCAAUUUUCAGGCAAUUUUAAGGAUUGGCCGGAAUUCCGCGAUCAUUUUAAAGCCAUAAUACUAAAUGAUGUUCAAUUUGAUGCUUUCCAAAAAUUAUAUUACCUGAAAUCAUGCCUCGAUGGCGAGGCCGCAAAAUUGCUAAAGAAUCUAGCCGUCACCGCGGAUAACUUUGACAUUGCCUGGAAAAUGAUGAACGAUCGAUAUGAAAAUAAACGCCGAUUAUUGUAUUUAUAUCUUAAUCAGUUAUUCUCAUUAAAACCGGUUUCGAAUGACAGAUCUCCGAUAGAUCUUCGCCGACUAUUAGAUUCGGCUCAGGAAGCCGUUGACGCGUUAACAAAUCUUGGCCGACCGGUGUCGGACGAUAUUAUUGUUUACAUUAUUGUAGAGCGUCUUGAUCGCGGUACGCGUGAGGCGUGGAAUUUUUCCCUCGGAGAGGAAGAAUAUCCCACGUACGAGAAACUCCGUAAAUUUAUGACCGCAAAGAUUCGGUCUUAUGAAGCCUCGGUCGUGCCGAACAAACCGAUUCGAUCGACGCCCAUCUCAUCGCGCGGUAGUAAUACCUCCGCCUCCCGCGCUCAGACGCAUCAUGCGAUUGCGAAGACGCAAGUAAACUGCGUCUUAUGCGCUGGUAGUCACCCAUUAUAUAAGUGCAAGGUUUUACAGUCCCAUUCCGUUGCAAAGAGAUGGGAAGUUAUCAAAAAACAUGCGACAUGUUCGAAUUGCUUGUCGAUACAUCACGAAGAUGCAAGCUGCAAGAGUGAACGCACAUGCGUGCAUUGUGGCUCUCGCCACCACUCACUAUUGCAUAGGCCGUCGGAUAAAACGAAGACGCCUGCGUCGGGAUCGGCUCCGAUCGUUGCAAGUACAUCUCACACAGAUUCACCCAAUGAGGAUAUCAGUUUUGUACAAGCUCAUUUGAGUACGCCACGUAUACAAUCUCAUGUGAUACUUGCAACAGCAUGGGUGCUGAUCACGGCGCCGUCUCAACGCGUCGCAAAGGUUCGCGCGCUAUUGGAUCAGGGUUCGACCCAUACCUUUAUUACACGUGAGGUCGCGAAUGCCUUACGCACACCGACUUACGCUACUUCGGUAGUGGUAAGUGGAGUUGGGCAGAACGGUUCGAAAAUGGUCGGACGAGCUGUCCCGAUCACCGUCAGUGCAGUAAAACAUAGUGCAGUAAAGCUAAUGACAGAUGCUUUGAUUUUGGAUAAACUCACUGACUAUACGCCCAAGUUCCGCUUUCCACUUUCGCACUGGCCGCAUCUGGACGGUCUUGAAUUGGCUGAUGGAUGCCCCACCGACGCUACGCCUGUGCAUAUGAUCAUCGGUGCGGAUAUGUACGCUUACGCCCUUCGUGACGGUUUAGUGCGCGGUAAACGGGACGAGCCGGUCGCGAUGAAUACCGUCUUCGGUUGGGUUCUGUCGGGGAUGAGUGAUACCGAGCCUCCUGAUGUAUCCACAGUCCAUGCGCAUCAUGCGCAGUCCUACGAAAACCUUAACCUACUCCUACCGCGCUUCUGGGAAAUUGAAGAAAUUUCCCCGCUCCGACCAUUAUCCGAAGAAGACGAACGCUGUGAACAGCAUUUUCGUGAAACUCAUUCGCGCUCUUUGGAAGGGCGAUAUAUGAUGCGCAUCCUCUUCAAGGAUGCCCCGCCGCUUAAAAUCGGUGAUACUUUUCAACGCGCGAGUAAAUGCCUCAAGUCACUUGAAAGGAGACUUUCAGCUCGCCCACAGGAGCGUUCGGAGUAUGAAACAUUCCUGACGGAGUAUGAAGCGCUUGGACACAUGCGCGUCGCCCUACCGCUGACUGAUACGACAGCGGUAUACCUUCCGCACCACCCGGUCAUUAAGGCCACAAGCACGACCACAAAAACCCGCGUGGUCUUCAAUGCUUCGUCAGUGUCCAGUAACGGAUGUUCACUGAACGAUGUGCAAUUAGUUGGCCCUAAGCUGCAGUCUGAUUUGCCAAUGCUUCACAUGCAGUGGCGUACACACCGAUAUGUGUACGCCGCUGAUAUCGAGAAGAUGUAUCGGCAAAUCCUCGUUGAUGAGCGAGACAUCGACACGCAACGCAUUCUUUGGCGAAAGUCGCCCAACGACGCCGUGUUAGAAUAUCAGCUCCUUACUGUUACGUACGGCACUGCGAGCGCGCCGUACCUAGCGUUGCGUGUCCUUCGCCAACUAGCCGAAGACGAGGGCUCUGCAUUCCCUCACGGGAAGGACGUGUUGCUCGGGAACAUGUUCGUGGACGAUGCUCUUUUUGGCACCGACACUGUCGGUGAAGCACGUCGCAUCCGCGACGAAACCAACGCUCUUCUCGCAAGGGGACAUUUUACCCUUCGGAAGUGGGCGAGCAAUGACCCAUCUCUUCUUGCCGAUAUAGAGCCACAGAACCACGGUUUAUCGUGUGACAAGUCGCUUCAGUCGGAUGAGAGUAUAAAGGUACUCGGCCUCGCUUGGCACGUAGCUAGCGAUUCUUAUAACUUCACCGUAAACCGAGCCGAUGUUCCGAUUGUAACGAAGCGUCUUGUAUUAUCGCAUAUCGCCCGGAUCUUCGAUCCACUCGGCUGGAUCGCUCCUGUCGUCAUCGCUGCUAAAAUCUUGAUGCAACGAUUAUGGAAAUGCGCAGUCGACUGGGACUCACCACUUCCGGCAGACAUUGUCGUGUUGUGGACCGAAUUCUACGAUGCUUUGCCGGCUCUAUCGUCUCUGUCAAUACCACGAUGGUUAGGCACUUCGCCUUCAGUCAAAACUGAGCUGCAUGGGUUUUCCGAUGCCUCAUGCAAAGCUUAUGCAUGUGUCAUAUAUGCACGCAUCGAAACUUCCGAUGGACGUGUAGACACGGUACUCGUUUCAGCAAAGACUCGGGUAGCCCCUUUGAAGCAUCAAACGACUCCCCGUUUGGAAUUGUGCGGAGCUGUGCUCCUAGCGCGGCUCAUUACACAAGUGCGGUCAGCGCUGGCAUUUUCUCAUUGGCCAGUUCACUGUUGGACAGACGCCACUAUUGUGUUGGCGUGGCUUCGAGGGCAGUCAUCGCAAUGGAGAACAUUCGUGGCAAGUCGAGUAGCCGAGCUUCAUUCGAGUCUCCCCGACGUCCCUUGGCGCCAUGUUCCUGGGAAGGAAAAUCCAGCCGACUUAGCAUCACGUGGCGUCUCCGCUUGUGACAUCGGCGGCUCGGACCUUUGGUGGUAUGGACCGACAUGGCUCCGAUUGCCGCCAUCCGAGUGGCCAACGCAUGAGCCGGAUCUGGCAGAUGAUGCUCCUCUAGAAUUGAAGUCUCCGGUACAUCAUGCCAGCAUUGCACAGGAAGAUGCAGAGGUAUUGUUUCGGCGCGUGUCUUCUUGGCCACGCUUAUGCCGCAUCAUACUUAUAUGUCUCCGUUGGUCCAAGUCUUGGACAACAUCGAAUAGGUUGUCGUCUUGGUCGUAUACGAAAGAACUUGCGCUUGUUUCGGUACGAAUUUUUUCGUUGACGCAGGCGCAGUUCUUCCGUCGCGAACUCGAACUCCUCCAGGACAAUCCGGCGUCAGCAGUUUGCCGACGGCUGAAAAUUGGCCAGACACUUCCUAAACGCAGUCCCCUGAAACGAUUAAACCCGUUUAUGGACGAUGACAGCCUCUUACGUGUAAGCGGUCGACUCUCGUUAAGUCAACUUCCGUUCACAUCCAAAUUUCCUGUCAUUCUGCCUUCAGGUCAUAUCGCUCAACUUCUGGCAAGGCAUGCACACAUUCGCUGCCUACACGGUGGCGUCACACUGACUCUCAGUACUCUACGAGAGCAAGUGUGGGUGCUUCAGGCCAGGAAAAUCGUGAAAGCUGUGGUACAUCACUGUGUCGUUUGCGCUCGACACUCGCUACGGUCCCUACUCAGUUGA